GUUUAGACAAAAAAAGGCAUGUAGAGCUGAAGAUGGACCAGGCUUUGCUGCUCAUCCAUAAUGAACUACUGGGGACAAACUUGGCUGUCUACUGGAAUUCAGAACGCUGUUAUCAUUGCUUGCCCCAGCUUCUGGGGAAUGUUUCUGGGAGUGGAGAAGCUGGGAAACCCAGCACGUGGGCACCUGUGGCUGUGAGCACUCAGCACACCUCCAUCCUGCAACUCAACAACACACUGGAAGAGAAGGAAGUCUGUAGGCUGAAGUACAAAUUUGGUGAAUUUGGAAACUAUUCUCUCUUGGUCAAGCAUGUCCAUAAUGGAGUCAACGAAACUGCUUGUGACCUAGUCGUUAAUAAGAAUCCAGUCGACAGUAACCUUCCUGUGUGUAUUGCGUUCCUUGUUGGUCUGGCGGUCAUCAUUGCUGUGUGCUUUCUAAGGUUCUUGUUGAGUUUGGAUGACUUUAAUAACUGGAUUUCUAAAGCAAUAAAUUCCCGGGAAACCGAUCGUCUCAUCAACUCCGAGCUGGGCUCUCCAAGCAGGGCAGGCCUGUUCGGUGACGAUGCCCAACCGGAAGUAUGGCGUCUGUCUGCGGUGCCUCCGCGCCUCCGCUGCGUGGACACGUUCCGGGGGCUAGCGCUCAUCCUCAUGGUCUUCGUUAAUUACGGAGGAGGAAAAUACUGGUACUUCAAACAUGCGAGUUGGAAUGGACUGACAGUGGCUGACCUUGUGUUCCCAUGGUUUGUAUUUAUUAUGGGAUCUUCAAUUUUUCUAUCAAUGACUUCCAUACUGCAGCGGGGAUGUUCAAAAUUCAGGCUGCUGGGGAAAGUUGCGUGGAGGAGUUUCCUGUUAAUCUGCAUAGGAAUUGUCAUUGUGAACCCCAAUUAUUGCCUUGGUCCAUUGUCGUGGGAUAAGGUGCGGAUCCCUGGCGUGCUCCAGCGGCUGGGGGUGACCUACUUCGUGGUGGCCGUGCUAGAGCUCCUCUUUGCCAAGCCUGUGCCUGAAAGCUGUGUCUCGGAGAGAAGGUGCUCUUGUCUUCAGGACAUCACAUCCAGCUGGCCCCAAUGGCUCGUCAUCUUGAUGCUGGAGAGCGUUUGGCUGGCCUUGACAUUCUUCCUUCCUGUUCCCGGAUGCCCCACCGGCUACCUUGGGCCUGGUGGCAUCGGAGAUCUGGGGAAGUACCCGAAUUGCACUGGAGGAGCUGCUGGCUACAUUGACCGCUUGCUUCUGGGAGACGAUCACAUUUAUCAGCAUCCUUCCUCGAAUGUGCUGUAUCACACCACGGUGGCCUACGACCCCGAAGGCAUCCUAGGGACCAUCAACUCCAUUGUGAUGGCAUUUUUAGGAGUUCAGGCAGGAAAAAUACUCUUGUAUUACAAGGAUCAGACCAAAGACAUCCUGAUCAGAUUCACUGCCUGGUGGUGUUUUCUAGGGCUUAUUUCUGUUGUUCUGACAAAAGUUUCUGAAAACGAAGGCUUUAUUCCAGUGAACAAGAAUCUCUGGUCCAUUUCGUACGUCACUACGCUGAGCUCCUUUGCCUUCUUCCUCCUGCUCAUCCUGUACCCCAUCGUGGACGUGAAGGGCCUGUGGACAGGAGCCCCAUUCUAUUACCCAGGAAUGAAUUCCAUCCUGGUGUACGUGGGCCACGAGGUGUUCAAGAACUACUUCCCCUUCCAGUGGAGGCUGCAGGACAACCAGUCGCACAAAGAGCACCUCAUCCAGAACAUCGUGGCCACGGCUCUCUGGGUGCUCAUCGCCUACAUUCUCUACAGAAAGAAGGUUUUUUGGAAAAUCUGAUCGUUCCACCUGAUGUGUGUUGCUGGCGGACUCUAUUAAAGGGAACCAUUAAUGAUAAAAUCGA